AUGGGACGCCAACCGAGACAACGUCCAAUUUCGUGCCACUUGUGUAGGGUACGCAAGUUGCGCUGCAGCCGACAGUUUCCAUGCUCCAACUGUACGUCUCGCGGCGUUGUUUGCCAACAUGAAGGAAUCGCGGUCGCGGCGGCAGCGGCUGCGGGAGUUCAAGCGCAAGUCAAGUCUCCUGCUUCUCCUGCUCUGAAGGAUGCGUCGACGCUGGAGCUUCUGGCCCGUCUGGAGCGCCUGGAGAACCUCGUCGCGUCCCAAGGGGGCGAAAGGGAAGACAGCGCCAAGAAGGGGGUUGAGAAGCCAGCACCACAAGCGCAAGCUCCUGUCAUGGCCUCGCGCCCAGUGCCACCUAGACUGCAGCGCCUGACAGCCGAUGCGCUGGAGCUGGAGCGGUCAUGCUCCGACCAAAAGUUGAUGGAUUCCCUGAUAUCUGACCCCAUCAUCUUCCGUACCUGUCCCAUUCGAUUAGCCCCAAAUCAGCCAUCCUAUGCUUUUCAAAAUGGGCAUCCUGCGUCCAUGACUGGGCCGGUGGAUGCCGUCAAGUGCAUCUGGCUGCCUCGCCGAGAUGAGAUGCGCAUCAUACUGCAGAAGUACAUAGCUGAUAUUUCCUUGUUCUACCACAUCAUACACGUUCCCACAGUGCAGAGUCUCGUGGAAGACAUAUACGCAGGGCUGGAGGCAAAUGUUCGUGUCGACGUUGGCGGCAUAUUGCUGCUCCUUAGCAUCUGCGCAAGUACAACAUAUGCGUGGUCGGCCCCCGAUGAUAUCAGGUGUUUGUUCUCAGACUAUUCCGAGGCGAAUGCGCAGUCAACCUUCUGGGUCAAGGAGGCAAUGGACGUCGUCGAUCAUGCACAGAGAACUGCGCAUGCGUCAUUGGAAUGCAUCCAGGGCCUCACCAUCUUGUUUCUCGUCUUCUGUAAUUACGAGAGCGUCUCAUUCCGUGCCCGUAGUGUCUUCAUGUCGGCCGUUGCAAUGGCCACGGAGCUGUCGCUGCAUCGUCUCGAUGACCCUCAAGGCAGCCCAAUGCUAACGUUUCUUCGGAUGAGCGAGGCUAGGAAGGAGAUUGGUAGGAGAGUGUGGUGGUUCAUGGUUGCAACUGACUGGACACUCGCUCAAUUCAACUGUCCCCAAGAAGGCUUUUAUCUCAUCCACCAAAACCAGAUGGCAGUAAACAAGCCACGAAAUGCAAAUGACGAGGACAUCAUGGAGGGGGCAGAAAUUGUUGAUCGGCCAGCAACUGAGGCCACCUGCGUCUCCUACUUUGUCCAGCGCAUCCGUCUGGCAGAAGUGUGUCGGGCGCUGGUUGACCGUACGCCUUUGGGCACGCCAACCUCCGAAUCCGAGGUGUAUAAAGGUGUGUUGGAGGCAGACGCAAAGCUCAACCAGUUCAUUCGGGAAGCCCCAGACUUCCUUGCACUCGACUGUUCAAGUCUAGAUGAUCUUCCCAUCACUGAUCCCAGACGCUCGCCAUUUAUCACUGCGCAACGCUAUAUGCUAAAUUUGCUACUUCAUCGUCAGCUGUGCAAGAUUCACCUCCCCUAUCUAGCCCAGGGGACUGUCGAUCCUGCAUAUGCAUAUUCACGCGACGUCUGCCUGAGGUCAGCAAGGGUGGUUUUCGAGCUUGAUCACCAGCUGCAAGCGCAAUGUCUUCCCUUCUUCAACUCCCGUUUGAGGUUGGCAAUGGUCCUGCGUAGCCUGUUCCUUGCCAGCACUGCACUUGUGUUGAAUGCCUGUCUGAAGGGUGAUGCGGAAGAUAAUGGCGAGGAGGAAGAUGAAGUGACUGGUGCGUGGAAGAUUUUGCACGAGGCACAGGGUCAGUUUCCACCGGCGGCGAGGCUGCUGGAGUUGUCCAUUCAGAUUCUCAAAAAGUACAAGAUCAAGCAUCGCGCCCUGGAUCUUUUACAGCAGCAGGUGUCGGGGAUGUCACCUUACGGGGAAACAUUUCCAAUGACACCCGAUUCAACAAAUCAUGAGCUCCGUAUGAAUCCGAUGCAGCAGCAGAACAUAGGCCCUGAGCCUGACAGCGUCCUAAUGGACCAACAUUGGCAGAUGCUUGAAGGGAAGAUGGACUUGAAUACAAUAGAUUGGGACAAGUUAUUCUGGGGUAUAGACGCCCCGUUUAUUUAA